UUUCUAUAUUGUGAUCAUAUUAUUGAUGAGAGAAAUACUUCCAUAAAAUUGAUUCUUAUUAUUUCUAGAUGUCGUCUCUGUUGCCAACAUGCAAUAUAGGUCAAUUGUUUACUAAUACCUCGACAAAUACACGCGGUAACAUACUUAUCCACUCUGCUUCGACUUCUAGAUUUUGUGCACCAGCCAUCCCAUCCAUAACUUCAUUCACAGACUUUGCAAGUUACCCUGAAAUUUACGCUCAAGCAACUUAUCAUUAUAAAGACAAGCAGAAUCUAAUCUUUACAAAACCUAUUACUACUACUUUCCACACCAACUUAUCUUCAUCUUGUUUGUUAACUUCUCAAAUAUGUUCCUCCUCGUCGUCUUCGUCGUCAUCUUCAAAUAUGAGCUGUGCGAUGCAUGCAGACCUACAGACACUUAAUAAUUAUAAAGAAUCAUCUGUUAUUACAUCAGUCAAUAGUAGCUGCCCAAUUGUACAUCAACAGCAUCACCGAAAAUAGCAGCAAUAACUAUCUGCUGACGUAAAGUAGUUUAAUACAUUCAUUGUCGUUACAAUUAUACACGAAUUUAUGAGUGUUUUUCCUAACUUUAAAUAAAGAUACAUGUACCUGUGAGAUAUAUAUUACUUUUUUCAUGGAAAUAGCGUUGUAUUAAAAGAGAGAGGUUUCAUUA